AUGGCUAGAAUAAUAGAAAUUACCAUGCUGGAACAAUAUAAAUGUCUAGCGAUCACUUUUAAUGAGCUACCAAUUUUCACUACUGCGUGGGGUGGAAUAAAAAUUGGCUGCCAUGGAUUGAAACCCAUACUUGAUACCAACGUGACAGAGUUGGUGCUAAACGAAGGCGAAGUUUUGAGUAUAAAAUGUAUAAGCAACUACUCUACCCGUUUUCAUUUUUUGAUGGAACCCGAAGAUAACAUAACGGUUUCCGAACAUGAUCUCAUUUAUAGUGAGAUCAGCUAUGAUACUACACUUAAAAAACCAUCAACCGUCUUUGGCGAUACUGGCUGGUAUGGCUGCGCUAAUGAUUGGGACGACAUCAAGACGGUUAACGAUCCACAAGCCGAUUGGGUAUACGUUUAUGUUCAAACCAAUAAAAGCGCGUUCGUACAGAUUUACGAUGGUUAUCUACGACGUCAAGUUUCUUUCGGAGACGAAGCUAUCCUGCCAUGCUGCCCAACUUCCCCCAAAUUUAACGUGACCCUCAAAUCGGCCAACAACUUGAAUCUCAUGCCAAGCGAGAGAAUAACAUUUGAUCCGAAAUUUGGAUUCAUCAUCAAAAACUCAACGUACGCGGACAGUGGCGACUACACUUGUGAAAUAAACCAAUAUGGUUUUACACAGAAAAUACGCGUUACUCUUUUGGUUACCAAGGAUUCAGCAAUAAAAGUAGUGAUGGAAACAGAUUACUUUCCACAGGGGCACAACAAAGUGGGCUCGACAAUAAACUUAUACUGCCGCGUUAGAAUGGAUCUCAAUAACCCCUACGAAAUCUCUUGGGAGACCCCUCGCCAUACGACCGUUCGUCCAACUAAUGCAUACGUCAAUACACGGCUGAGCGAUGUGACAGCUAGGCUUGACCUUAGUAACGUUACCAAGGCUGACGAGGGCUAUUACACUUGUCAAGCAAAUACGUUAAACGUGACGCUGAGAGAUAUUAUUUAUAUCAAGGUGUACGGUCCCAUUGAUCCAUUUAUUUUUCUGUCUGGCACAUGCAAAUUGAUGGCCAAUGUUGUUGGUCGGCCACAUCUUUUGGUAGCUUACGUUAACGCGUAUCCAAAACCAACUGUAACCUGGUUGGACCCCCUUGACAAAGAAAUGGUAUCGCCGGAAAUGAGAACGACGUAUGAUAACGAAUUGUCGAGCACUUCAAUAUUUCCAGUAAAAGGCGGUGAUAAUCCUAAUGGUUUUUAUAAAGUACGAGUAAACAAUAGCGCUGGAGUCAAGGAGACCUUAUUUGUUUGCGAAACGAGUCCUUACGAGAGAAUGUAUGAAAUAAGACUUCAAUUUGUUAAAGACAAUGUCAAAUCCAUAUACUCUCUCAACGACAACGUAACUUUCACUUGUCAGGUUUAUGGUUCAGACAAACCCACAAUAUCAUGGUUCUACACAACUUGCCCCACAUAUCAUUCACUAAAAUCCAAUGAUAGUUGCAAGACAUCGGAGCUUAAGGGUGUAGAAUUAAAUGUGGACAGUAAAGUGAAAACUUAUUCACAAGUAAGAAUGAAUGUGACAACGUUUGGACGAUUGGUAUGUGAAAGUGGUAAUGUUUUUGAAACCAAAUCAGACGGAAUAAAUAUAUUACUCACUGAUGGCGUACCUGAAGUCGGUAUCGGAGUUAUUAGGCCAAAGGAAGACGUAUACACAGGUGAUAACGUGACCUUAAUUUGUGCUGCUGUUAUUCACGAAUUUUCUUCGGUAAAAUGGCUGCCAAAUAAAGCCAUGAAUUUCGAUAAAUUAGACCUCACAUACGAAACUACCUCAUUCACCAUUCGUGCUAUUCUUCUUAUUAAUAACGUGCAGGAUUUAGAUACAGAAAAUUAUGUAUGCGAGGGAAAAACUUACGCGAAUAUAACCGUUACAACAGAUUACUAUCUUGACCCUAAAGUUCCGCAAAAGCCAACCAUUGUCAAGACAAAUAUGAAUAACACUGAAGUAACUUUGACAGCGAGAGAUGCUCAAGAGGAUUUUUUUUUACAAUGUUCCGCUGAAGGAAAUCCAAACCCUAGUAUAACAUGGUAUAAAAACGAAACACCUUUAGAGAUAUUGGAACAACAGUAUAGUCUUGAAGAUAACAAUCAGAAAUUGAUAAUGAGAAACCUUGUCAAAAGUAAUAGCGGCAAUUACUCUUGUCGUGCUACAAAUCGCUAUGGAACAGAACAAAAGUUUCAAAAAUUAAUAGUAAAAGGAAUUGGAAUGUCUCUACCUUGGAGUGAAAUUAUAGCUGGGGUCAUAUUUAUCAUUAUAUUAUGUUUUUUGACAUUGUUUCUGAUGAAAAUUCAACUCAAAAAGAUAAAGAGAAAGCACUUUGAGGAAGGAGCCGUAAACAGCAUAAAUCCAGAACUAUCGAUAGGCGACCAAGCGCAACUUCUGCCAUAUGAUACUAAGUGGGAAUUUCCCAGGAGAAAGAUAAAAUUAGGGAAACAAUUAGGAAAAGGACAUUAUGGAGUGGUGAUGAAAGCCAAAGUUUUCGGAAUUAAUGGCAAGGAUCAAGUAACAACUGUAGCCGUUAAAACUGUUAAAAAAAACGCAGAUGAAACUGAAAUUCGUGCUUUAGAAAGUGAAUUGAAAAUCAUGGCACAUCUCGGAAAGCACUUAAAUGUUGUAAAUCUUCUUGGUGCUUGUACGAAAGAUAUUGCUGAGGGUCAACUGUUGAUAAUCGUAGAAUUCUGUAAAUUUGGGAAUUUGCGAGACCUAUUGCUACACAACCGAACAAAUUUCAUUGAUCAAAUUAAUCCAUCUACUGGUAAAAUUGACCCGUCCAUUGGAAAAGAAUCAAUGUGGUAUAAUGAUAUUCAAUCGAGUUUUACAACUGGAGAGCCAGAAAGUAAUCUGAGCUCGGCCUCAAGUAACGAAUCCGUUGUCUACUGCGACAGAACUCAAAACUUAAAACAUCCGAUUGACCUGAAUAGUGAUAGUAACAGCAGUGACUCCCAAUCAGACUCGUCCUUCAAUUGCAUGUAUGAAGACAAUUAUACUGUUUUUAAGCUAAUUUGCUCCCAGAAUCUUAUUUCUUGGUCCUUCCAAGUUGCCCGCGGGAUGGAGUAUCUGUCCUCGAGAAAGAUUUUGCAUGGGGACUUGGCCGCUAGGAAUAUUUUAUUGGCAAAAAACGACAUCGUCAAGAUUUGCGAUUUUGGUUUGGCCAAAUCGAUAUACAAAGAUGGCAAUUACCUAAAGCAGAGCGAUGCGCCAUUGCCUGUCAAGUGGUUGGCGAUAGAAUCUUUCAGGGACGGGAUCUUCUCUACGCGGUCAGAUGUUUGGUCAUUUGGUGUAGUGAUGUGGGAAUUUUUCACUCUCGCGGAGACACCCUAUCCCGGCAUGAAUGUCGAAAACCAAUUGCAAAAACUUAUCGACGGUUACAGGCUGAAACAACCGAGAUAUGCUACCAACGACGUUUACAAUAUUAUGCGCAGCUGCUGGGAAGCCAAACCGCACGGAAGAUUGUUACCAACUUUCACGGAGCUAACCGAAAUGAUCGGCAAGCUUUUAGAUGAUUGCGUAAAGGUGCACUAUGUUAAACUAAAUCAUGUUUACGAGAAAAUGAAAAAGGCGGAUAAUCUCACUGGCACAAACGACUAUUUGGCCUUGAUGUCGGUGCCAUAUUACGUCACGAUUGCCCCGUCCCAGUUUGUUAACGUCAACAACUUCCUUCAGGUUACAAAUCCACUUUACGUUAAUACGAACAACGACAAAUCUUUGACCACCGACUGUAUUUCUGAAACAUCGGAGAAAUUCAUCGUGACGUGCCAGUAA